GUUUCCAAGCUAAUAAAAAAUAUUCCAGAAGAAGAAUUUAAAAAAACUUUUGACAAACUAUUAGAGAGGAUGGAACUUUGUAUAAAUAAUCAUGGUGACUAUUUUGAACAUUUAAUAAAAUAAAACUCGAACUUUCUCUUUGUCUUUAUAUUUUUUUUAAUAAUCUGGGAACUUUUUGUACGACCUAAGUAUUAUUCUUGUUGAAAAAAAGUGAUUUCAUAUUAAUAUAAAUAUUAAGCAGAUAAAUGGUACAUUCUUUCGGUCAUAAUCAUAAAAUCAAUAUUUUAGAUUAUAAACAGUAAUGGCAUCAAAACGUGAGGGAUCAAUUCUUGAUUUUUUUACUAAAAAAAUAAAAAAUACAACAUUGUUUUCAACAGAAGAAAUUGAGUUAACUGAAGUUUCAACAAUUUCUGAAGAUAAAAACCCAUGACGCAUCUUCUUUAAUUCAAAAUGCACCUCUUGUUGAUCUUUUAAAUCCGUCCAAUAUUAAUGAUUUACCGGAAAAUUAUGAUGAAUCUGAAAACGAAUCUGAAUUUUUUGGUAAUUUUGAUAAAUCACCGAAUACAAAUAAACAAGUAUCACCACAACAAAGAACAAAUUUAUCUUUAUCUAAUCGAUCUACUCAAAUCGAAAUAGUUUCGUCCAAAUCUGAUAUGCAUUAUUGUAACUCGUCUAAAUCAUAUCAUCCUGUUACAGAUGAUGAACUAGCCUUUACAACAAUCGGCAAACGGUCAUGCCAAAAAUGGUGGUUUAUGGAUCAUUCUUGGCUAACCUUUUUGUAA